UCCACUUCACCUGCCUGGAGGAGAGACCCAUGUCUGCCUCUUCCCCUCCUGCCUUUACUUUCCUGGCUGCAGGAGAAGGAUCAUAGUGAAAAGGUGAAAGUGGCCAUCUCCAACCCCAAGCCAGAGCUCAGAGGUGCCCCAUCCCCCUUUCCUGGACACAGUGUUUUCUAGAAGCAGGCUGUUUUCACUGGAUCUGGUGUGUUCAAAGCUAGUAGGGGCCUUGCCAGCACCUUCCUUAACCUCUUCAGGAAAUGCAACCAAGUCCCACUUUCUGGAGCCCACCCCACCCAAUGAGGGGGCCCCCGGGACCCCCUGUCACAAACCUGGAAAACUGUGCUCAGAGUUGGGGACAGAGCAGGGGGAGCAGGAAAGGAAUGUGUCUUUCCCUGAGCACAUUCUCCAAAAGUGGUGGCCUUUCUGACAGGUGUAGACAGAGAGUCAGCGGUUGGGGGGCUACCCGUAUGCUCCCUUGAAAAUACUCAGCCAGACCCCCCAGCCCCCUGAAAGCAGCCCCGCCUGGUAUGUAUCUGUGGCCUCCCGGUGCGUUUCAGCCUGUACUGGAUUCCGGGCUCUUGAGGCAUGACAUAUCUGCUCCCCAGCCAUCUCUGACCAACCCCUGGCCCAGGAGAAGCGGGAUGAUCCUGACACACCCACCAUGGCUGGGGACAUCACAGAGCCGGGGCAGGCUGCAGGGAGGCUCUGCUCUAGAUACUGCUCUGCGUCCCUUAGAGGGUCGGGGCCCUGGGGCUCAACCCCAGACAAGUGGGGAAGCUGGUCUGGGCCACAUCUGUCCACUCAGAGCGUCCCCCCCCUUUUUCCAGACCGCGGCCUCCAGCGUUCACUCCCCAACCCUCACAGACCAGCCUCCUUCCCUGGAUGGUGGGUGGGCAAGUGGACAGGGCAGGGUGCACAGGAUGACCUCCUCCCCUGUGGGUCAGGAGACAGAAUCCAGGAAACGUGGCCAGGCCAACCCCUCACCCUCAGGCCCACAUGGGAUUCUUGUGCCCUUCAGGUGGGGCCGUCCCCAGGGAGCCCCCUGGGCGGCAGACGCCUGCCCACUCCUCAGCCCCUGCUGGGGACCCCCAGGAGCAGUGGCAUUCCCUGCGAGAGUGGCUGGGGCGACUGGAGGCUGCAGUGGUGGAGCUCAGAGAACAGAACAAGGACCUGCAGAUGAGGGUGAGGCGGCUGGAGUCCUGUGAGUGCCGCCCUGCGUCUCCGCAGUGCUGGGGGCUGGGGCGUGCCUGGCCGGAGGGGGCGCGCUGGGAGCCUGACGCCUGCACAGCCUGUGUCUGCCGGGAUGGGGCUGCUCAUUGUGGCCCCCAAGUCCACCUGCCCCAUUGCGGGGGCUGCAGCCAGAAUGGCCAGACCUACAGCAACGGGGAGACCUUCUCCCCAGAUGCCUGCACCACCUGCCGCUGUCUGGAAGGGGCCAUCACCUGCACCCAGAAACCAUGCCCAAGAGGACCCUGCCCUGAGCCAGGAGCAUGCUGCCCACACUGUGAGCCAGGUCAGCCUCCUGCCAGCCUCAGCCCUACCUCCUGCAUGCAUUCUGGGGCCCACAGCCAUGGCCUGCCACCUGAGAGUGAGCGAGCCUGGGACAUGCCCAGGGGUCCUGCCCACUCACUCUGACAGUGGCCAGGGGAGUGCAGAACCCAUGCAUAAGCCAGCGAAUACUCUGGCCUGGGACUCAGCCAGAGACCGUAGGGGAAAUAGGCAUGCAAUCUUUUUCCUGCCCUAAGGGAGCCUCCAAUCUAGUUGAGAAGAUAAGCUCAUAGCUAAACUACCAUAAGAUUUAAGACCCAAGAGCAGAUUAAGAGGAAGUAUAGGCCGGGCAUGCUGGCUCAUGCCUGUAAUCCCAGCACUUUGGGAGGCCGAGGCGUG